UCUCCUCCUGACGCGACGAUGGAAGAGAAGUUUGCCCGCGGCGCAGUCCACUGAACAUUUUACUGUAUUUCAAACGGAGGAUCACCAACAAGAGCCUGCGGAGAACCUUCAGUGGGAAUGCGAGGGACUAUCUGAGAGCAUUUACAAACGUGUGGCGAGUUUCUUUCUUUCCCUUACCGCUUCCAACAUUAAAACCGGUUCUUGGAGCAGAUUGAUGCCGCGAAAGUAGUGGGGAAGCCCGGGUCAGAAGACAGCGGACACCGGCAAGAGUGUUGGCUGUGACGCACGGUGCUUUGGUGCGAUUAACGUGGAAAAGAGGAGAAGAAAGGUGAAAGAAACAGACAAGAAGACAUCCCUGAGAAAGUGAGCAAGAGUCGACAUGAAUAACAACAAAAUCGAGAAGGAAAAUGAACAGACUGAGUUCACCAACCACGAAGAGGAGGUCCGAACGCUAUUUGUCAGUGGGCUACCUCUGGAUAUAAAACCACGAGAGCUGUAUCUCCUCUUCAGACCAUUUAAGGGCUAUGAAGGCUCCUUGAUAAAACUCACUUCGAAACAGCCGGUGGGGUUUGUCAGCUUUGACAGUCGAUCAGAGGCGGAGGCUGCUAAGAAUGCCUUGAACGGCGUCCGAUUUGAUCCAGAAAUACCCCAAACACUGCGGUUGGAGUUCGCCAAGGCCAACACCAAAAUGGCCAAGAACAAGCUGGUUGGCACUCCGAACCCCCCUCCAUCCCAGCAGAGCCCCGGGCCACAGUUCAUCAGCAGAGAUCCAUAUGAGCUCACAGUGCCCGCUCUCUAUCCCAGCAGCCCAGACGUGUGGGCGUCAUACCCGCUGUACCCGGCCGAGCUGUCGCCGGCUCUCCCUCCUGCUUUCACCUACCCCUCCUCGCUCCACGCCCAGAUCCGCUGGCUCCCUCCUGCAGAUGGGACUCCUCAGGGAUGGAAGACCAGGCAGUUCUGCUGAAGUCUGUGUCCCUGAUGUGUGAUGGUGGCUCCGGGCGGCUGUGAGGGCCUUUGCUGACUGCUUCUUCUUCUUCUUCUUGUGUCCAUCUUGAAUCCAGAAGGACAGCCCCUGCUCCUCUUCCUUUUGGGCAGCGUAGCGUUGGCAGUAGCAGUAGCAGCAGCAGCAGCAGUAGCAGCCUCACGAGCCUCAGGACAUGCAAACCCAGCCUCCAUCACACAUCGAGCCCACCCCUCCCUCCUCCCUCCCGCCCUAACGAAGAUGCCCCCCUUCCUCUUUUUUAUACUGUUACAUAGUCUGAAAUGGAUCGGCGGCAGGCACUUUGGCUACACUUCCCUCCGACACCUUUUGAAUAAGGUACAAGGCAUUGCGUGAGAAGAAGCGCACAUCCCUCUUUGUCUGUGAAGAUAAGCAGACCAUUGACUUUACAUUGUGGAGUAUAUGCAAGUGUAGAGACCAAAGGAGCGUUCCAAUAUGCAGCCACCGAGAAAGGCCACUGCAAGGAAGUGUGGACAAAAUGCUUAAAAGACACAUAUUAUGCAAAAUGUACUUUUUUUUUAAGCUUUUAACCAUGUUAUAUUGCUGUCCCCUUUUCAAAAACAUACCUGGAGUUGUAUUUUGCUUCACUCUCUUGUUUCAUGAACCCAAAGUCGUCUUCUCUGAGGACUCCCUUGGCUUUUUCCCCUGAUUGUUACGUCACAGGUAAAAAUACAGACUUCUCCUGCAUAGUUUUUAAGUUAAAAAAAACAUCGCCGGACUCAUUCUGUGGUCAAAUUGUGUUCACUUUCACGUGGCUGAAGUGCUGCAUUUGUUGAUUUUUCGAUUGUUCAAUCCUGUUGCGGACAGCAGAGGGAGCUCCAAUGCCUAAAUACCUAAUCGGAAAUAUGUUUUGCUUGUCAACUUUUGUGUUUUACAAAAGUAGACAUUAUUUUAACUUGUGAAAUACUAAUCUCAAGGUGACCAAAAGCAUGCUUAAAAGGGAAUUAAAGCCACGAGUGCAUAAUAUGUGUCCUUUAAUGAUAAUGUUAUUCUAUGACUAUAAUUAUUAUUAUUCUGUAUAUCAUUCAUAUUAAUGUUAUUACGAUUAUUAAUAAUGUUGAAGCAUGAUUUUUCAAAAAAAAGGAAAAAAAACAAUGCUGUACAUUUUUAGAUAUUUUAAAGACAGACAAAAAGGUAUUUUUGUAAUCGAAAAAUAUGUUUGUUUGAAUUGUAUGAUUGUUGUUAAAGUGUGUAAGGAACUACUUUCAUACUCCUGCUUCUUCUUUGCUGUUUGAGUGACAUGUCGCUGUGUUAUACCAAAGCAGUCAUGUGAUGAUUUGAUUUGAUUUUUUUUUUUUUUUUUCAUUUUCAUUGUACUGUGCAAAGGUUUUAGCCAAUUUCGGAGGAAUCAAUGUAGACCAGAUUUACCUCAGAGUGGCACAAAGUGAAGACUUUUCUCAAUACAACAUCCUCCCCAAACCAAGAACAACGGUUUUAGUUUUUAUUAUUGCAGGAUAAGACCAUUGCCUUGGUAGAAGUAUGCUUUAAAGACUUAAAGAUGCACUAUGUAACAUUUUUUCGGUAAUCCGCCACCAUGGAGACGUUAUUACUUUGCCUGGAAUGUUCCACAGUAUGAUAUUAAACUUAUCUAACGUGCAUUGUCCAUUACAGGUGUUUUUAUUGCUCAAAAAUACAUUAUAAAACAAAUAGUUACAUAUCCACAUACCUGACUUGUAACUUUGCUCUCUAAAGUCUCCGGUUUGUCUGCUCGCAUGGAUAUUUUAAUGCAAUACUGAGGAACAUUCCAGGCAAAGCAAUAAAAACUCACUGAAGACGAGCAGGUCUUCCAUUAGAAAGCUACAUACUGCAUUUUUAAUAUACCCCAAUGAUAAAAACCUUGUACAGUUUUCAUAUCCAUCCUUCAAAUCUGCCUAUUGCUUUUGUACAGCGCUGUUUGUUAUGUGAGUGGAUUUUUCUUUGCUCAAAUGUAUUUAAACCCAAUGAAGCAAACACUUGUCUUUAGUCGUACAACUGAGCAGUGGUAACGAGUGAUCGUAUCUGUUUUUCUCUUUUUCAAAUCAACAUCAACUCACUGAAGGGCAUUCUAGGUUGCGUUCACGUGAUAAUCCCUAUAGUUUAAAACUGAACCGGAGACAGGGCAGAAUUCUAUGGUAGAGCUUGUCGUUGUAACUUAAUAUCUCUGUAAUUACAGCGCCUAUCCACAUGAAACAAAAACUGGCACAAAAUUCAACAUCUCCUGUCAGCGUAAAUAAACAAAAGUGAAAUUAUUCUUUCACAACAGCUUCAGAAAGCGCUGCCAGCUCCUAAAAUGUGAACGUUUUCAGUUUAAGCCAUAAGAUUAAUAUGCCAAGUUUGUGCCAAUCCCAAACAAGUAAUGAUUCGGUUCAACAUUUGUGGAUUUUAUUUUGUUUUUUUCCAUAAACUUAUAGACCCCUGCCUUGAACCUCUGCGUCUGAAAUUACGACAUAAUCCAGGUCAAGAUCGUGAACGCAACCUAUUGAUAGCGAGAAGCCACCUAGCAAUAGAAAAGUGACCGCCUGAACAUUUCAAAACCGAGCCCUGCUAAAAUUAGACCCUUUUUGUUGUGAAGAAGGACAAAGAAAUAAAAGACCAAAGGUAUUUUUUACACUGGAGAGCUGUUCGGCUAGUGAAACGAUGAUUCAGUUGUGACAGCUUUGUAGUCUUCAUUUUGAUUUCUUAUGAAGUAUAACGUUAUAUUAUUUUAUUUUUUUUGUCUAGUGUGUCUUUUGGUGUCAUUCCAAAAGAGCAAUCAGAAACAAUACUCACUUGAAGCAAUUCUCUUUUGUCUAUUCAACUUUGUACAACUCAAAUUUACAUCAUUAUAAUCGGACAGGGGGGGAAAAAAAACACAACCUUUUGUAAAUGUUUUGCUGUUUGACAUAUCCGAUCAUCUUCUUGACAUUUUUUACGCCGGAUUUUCAUUCAAGUCAACACACAAAGCGAUUCUUGUAUUUUCGCUGAUGAGGUCGUGUCACAUUUCAAAAUCAUGUGACAAUCAGGAGCAGAAAAAGCAAAACGAAGCUUUUAUCCUGCUUGGCAAUCAACUUCAAAUAUUAAUGUUUUUGUAAUGAACUAAAAUAUGCAUAUGAUAUCAACUGAUUUUAUGAAGCGGGAUUGCUUUUUUUAGCCAUUGCGGCGCCAAAUUUUUAAGUAUUUAUAAGGCGUGUGCGUGUUGUUUUGGCAUUGUUUUAUAGCCCCUUAUAUAAGUCAGUGUAAGUAUUAAUGUAAGUUUCAUUGUAUAUUCAUUUUGGUCAUUUUAAGAGCUUUAUAUGUUUGUAAUUGACUGAGUGGAUCAUAUGUAAUGUUUUUGAGUAUGUUUUUACCUACAUAAUUCACUGUGAAAUCCCAGAUAGUACAUUUUGACUGGUACUGAUGACGAUUCUGGAAGCCCGACUCAUAUACCAUCCCAAUUUGUCCAAGUGAAAAGCGCCUAUCCUAUUGUUUUCAGUAUAAUCGAGUAUGUGUUCUGUGCAUGUUCACGGCAUGUGUGUGGGUUUUUUGUUUUUUUUCUUAUACUGUAUUGUUAAUAUUUAUGUACCGUAUGUAGACCGCUGUGAGGAGAAAAUGCAUUUCAGUGAAUUGCAGAGGUUGGUAGGUUUGUUUGUUGAUGAAAUCAUGAAAAAAGCUGAAUCAAAAAGAGGUUUUUAUGAAAAUGUAAAAUGAAGACAUUCAAGGCCAUAUGCCAUUAAAGAUUGACGUCAUCCCUGC